CCCGCGGUGGCUGCGGCCCCGGAGCCCAGGAAACCGCACGGGGUGAAGCGGCAUCAUCACAAGCACAACUUAAAGCACCGCUAUGAGCUUCAGGAGACCCUGGGCAAAGGCACCUACGGCAAAGUCAAGAGGGCCACCGAGAGAUUUUCGGGCCGAGUGGUUGCUAUAAAAUCCAUUCGUAAGGACAAAAUUAAGGAUGAACAAGACAUGGUUCACAUCAGACGGGAGAUUGAGAUAAUGUCAUCCCUCAACCAUCCUCAUAUCAUCAGUAUUUAUGAAGUGUUUGAGAACAAAGAUAAGAUUGUGAUCAUCAUGGAAUAUGCCAGCAAAGGGGAGCUGUACGAUUACAUCAGCGAGCGGAGACGCCUGAGCGAGAGGGAGACCAGACACUUCUUCCGGCAGAUCGUCUCAGCUGUGCACUAUUGUCACAAGAACGGUGUGGUCCACCGGGACUUGAAGUUGGAAAAUAUACUGCUCGAUGACAACUGCAAUAUUAAGAUUGCUGACUUUGGGCUCUCCAACCUGUACCAGAAGGACAAGUUCUUGCAAACAUUUUGUGGGAGCCCCCUCUAUGCAUCCCCUGAAAUCGUCAAUGGGAGGCCUUACCGAGGGCCAGAGGUGGACAGCUGGGCCCUGGGCGUGUUGCUUUACACCCUGGUUUACGGAACGAUGCCCUUCGAUGGUUUCGAUCACAAAAACCUCAUCCGGCAGAUCAGCAGCGGAGAGUACCGGGAGCCGACGCAGCCCUCAGAUGCUCGAGGACUCAUUCGGUGGAUGCUGAUGGUGAACCCCGAUCGCCGGGCCACCAUUGAGGACAUUGCCAACCACUGGUGGGUGAACUGGGGCUACAAGAGCAGCGUCUGCGACUGCGACGCCCUUCAUGACUCCGAGUCCCCGCUCUUGGCCCGGAUCAUUGACUGGCACCACCGAUCCACCGGGCUGCAGGCUGAGGCGGAAGCCAAGGUGAAGGGCUUGGCCAAACCCGAGGUCGUGCUGGAGCGACAGCGGUCGCUGAAGAAAUCCAAGAAAGAGAAUGACUUUGCCCAGUCUGGCCAGGACUCGGUGCCCGAAAGCCCUUCCAAGCUGAGUUCCAAGAGGCCCAAGAGCAUCCUGAAGAAGAGAUGCAACAGUGAGCACCGCUCCCACAGCACGGGCUUCAUUGAGGGGGUCGUGGGUCCCACCUUGCCCUCCUUUAAGAUGGAGCAGGACUUGUGCCGGACUGGUGGGCCCCUCCCCAGCUCCCCCGAAGCAGAUGUGCCAGGGAAACUGAGUCCCAAGCAGUCGGCCACCAUGCCCAAGAAAGGCAUCUUGAAAAAGACCCAGCAGAGGGAAUCGGGUUACUACUCGUCCCCAGAGCGCAGUGAAUCUUCGGAGCUGCUGGACAGUACCGAGGCCAUGGGCGGUGGCCUCCCCUCCCCCAGCCCCCCGGACCUGGCCAGGGUGGCUUCUCACAGCCUGUCCUGCCGGAGGAAGGGCAUCUUGAAACACAGCAGCAAAUACUCAGCAGGCGCCACCGACCGGGCCCUCGCCAGCCCCGAAGUGCCCACACUGGAAUCCUUGACAGAGCCCGGUGUCCCCGCUGAGGGCCUCUCCCGAAGCUACAGCCGUCCCUCCAGUGUCAUCAGUGACGACAGUGUCCUGUCCAGCGACUCCUUGGACUUGUUGGAUUUGCAGGAGAACCGCCCCGCCCGCCAGCGCAUCCGCAGCUGCGUCUCUGCUGAGAACUUCCUCCAGAUCCAGGACUUUGAAGGACUCCACAACCGGCCCCGGCCCCAGUACCUGAAGCGGUACCGGAACCGGCUGGCAGACAGCAGCUUCUCCCUCCUCACGGACAUGGACGACGUGACUCAGGUCUACAAGAAAGCGCUGGAGAUUUGCAGCAAGCUCAACUAGCCCUCUGGGGGCCCCGGGGAUGGGGUGGGUGGGGGCGAGGGAGGAAGGGCCGCAGGGCUUGUGCUGACAGGCUGGUUACCUCUCUGCUGGCCGGGACAACAGACUGAAAAAGGAUUGGCGCCGUCUGGCUUGGCCAAGUUGACAGCCUUGAGCCAGCACCUAAAAGGGAGAAGCAGGCGCCCAGCCAGUUCUGCCAACUGCUAGUCGGAAUUUGGGUCCUAAUUGGCAUUUGCAUACAGCACCUCCUAGAGGACCAGCUGCCCAGGGAGGAUGGUGUUGGCUGGCGCUUGGUGGGAGUGGGGAGCAGACCGGGAAGGAAGCAUUUCCCUAGAAGUCAUCCGGAUGCUUUGGAGGAGGGCAAGAGAAACCAGGACCAUCUGCUUUGGAUGAGCCCAAAGAGCUUGCUCCUUUGCUUCUAACAUUAGCAAGCUUGAUCUGACUGCAUGGGGCUGGCAAGAUUUUCAGCAACCCGGGCUUGAAUUGGUGAUCGACUGAUAAGGUCUAUUGGGUGUGUUGGUUUCGGUAGCAGCAGAGAGCUGUGAUCGAAUAGUGAUGGCUGCCACAGGAAGGGAAAGGGAGGCAAUAGCAUUCAUGCUCCAUACUUGUCAUCUCUGACCUGGCUGAGCCCUGGGGAUUAGGUUAAAGCAUUCUGUGGGAUCCACAUUAACUCUUCCUGCCACCACUGUGGCAUUUGUUAAUUGGCUACUCUACCUUGAAUGGAAAACAGGGCUUUGGGCAGAGACUGCUCUGAACUCUGCUAGGGACACAGUCAGCCCAUGGUGAUCGUGUCUCCUUGCUGUGUGUCUUGCUCUUCAGCAAGAGAGUGGACAGGGAGAAAGAAGACAGUGUCAGAGGCCGGAGCUCUCGCGUAUUCUAGCGCAAAAAGCCUUCUGUGGCCUUUGCACAGUUGAACGGAAGAGGAAGUUCACUUGCAGGGGGCAGCUUGUCUCUUCUCUCGUGUCUUAAUAGUAACUGGAACGCUGCCUUUUGCUUUGGACUGGAGGUGACAUUGCCCACAGUCUCUAAAGGAUGACUGCCUGGCUCAGUUACUGGCUCUGUCCACAGAUAGCAAGUGGUCUCCCGUGCACCCAGUAGAGCGCCCUCAGAGGUGGAGGAGUUUGCUUCCGGGAAUUAGCCCGUAGGUGGAAUAUUUGGAUGAAGAAAGGAAAGUCAGACAGGAGGUGCUUUAUUCCCCAAAUCUAAGGAUUCUGUCAUGGUUUUGAAUGUUGACACCAACUCCUGGGCUUUAGGGAGGAAGAAAGUUUGAUCCAUUUAAACAAAUAAGGUGUCAGAAGAGCCGAGUGGGUGAGAAGGAAGCAGAGAGGAGAAGAAUAUUUCUUUAGGAGUCAUCCAGAUGGUUCUGGAGGAGGCAGAAGAGAGGUGGCAGGACUCCCUGAGCGCAUUGGGAAGCCAGAUCAUAGCUGACAAGCACUCCCACAGGGGACAUCUCGGGGGUACAGUCUCUGAAAUUACCCGUCUCUCUGGGAUGACUCUAGUUUCUGGAGGCUUAGGAAAAUCAGAAUCCUUAUUUCAAGGUGGUCGGUUUCAUAGCCACUUACAGCCGGGAGGACUGAUCUUGGGAUACCGUUAAAAAAAAA